AGUUGGAGUUCAGACUCGGGCGGAUGACGACGCGUGUUCUGUGGAUGUGUGUGAUAGUAUAUGUUCGAUUGUUCGUGUGUGGAAUAGAUAGCAAAUCAGACCAGCUUCAUCCAACGAUGUCGAAGUGAAGCAGUGAAUAAAGAAAACAUGGAAGCACAAAACGCAGCCAGGACUUUGGGAAAAGCGCACUUGUCGCAUCUGCCUCAGAGACCCCCAAUUAAUCUCGGCUUUCAAGAUCUAUCUUACACUGUAUCUAAUGGAAAAACCUCAAAACUUAUACUACGUGGAAUCAACGGUGAAUUUCGCUCCGGGCAGCUAACUGCCAUCUUAGGGCCAUCAGGCGCUGGCAAGAGUACACUGCUUAAUAUACUAGCCGGAUACAGGGUAAAUGGCGCAUCCGGAUUUAUCACAACGAACGGGGAGCCAAGAGACUUACGACUGUUCAGAAAGUUGUCUCGUUACAUCAUGCAAGAUGAUUUGCUGCAGCCUCUGAUCACAGUGCAGGAGUCGCUGACGAUGGCGGCGGACUUGAAACUCGGAAACGACAUGAAUAAAGAGAGGAAGACUAUCAUCGUAGAAGAAAUAAUCCAUUUGUUAAGAUUAAGCAAAGCACGGAACACGUCGAGUGAGCUUCUGUCGGGCGGCGAACGGAAGCGAUUAUCCAUUGCUUUGGAACUACUGAACAACCCUCCCGUGAUCUUCCUCGAUGAACCAACAACAGGUUUAGAUGACGUAGCGUCCUCAACUUGCGUGUCACUCCUAAAACGAGUUGCUCGAGGUGGUCGAACUGUAAUCUGUUCGUUACACACUCCAUCUGCAAGAAUAUUCUCUGUAUUCGAUCACGUAUACGUAGUGGCUGACGGCAGAUGCGCGUAUCAAGGCACGGCAGCUGGUGUCAUACCAUUUUUGAAGGAAAUAAAUCUGCCUUGUCCGACAACUUAUAAUCCAGCCGAUUUUAUAAUAGAAGUGUCGAGUGGAGAAUAUGGUUCCCACAUAGAUCAGAUGGUAGCAGCAGUUGACAAUGGUAAAUGUCAGAGAUGGAGAAGUUACGCAAUGGAAGAGGAUAAUGAAGAUUUGGAGAUAGAGGAGUUGAACACUGGAGUGGUGGAGAGACAUAACUACAAGUAUGAGAGUACACCGUUUCAACAGUUUUAUGUGCUGUUAAGGCGGAUGAUCCUGCAAACUAUAAGAAAUAGGGACUAUCUCUGGUUACGAAUAGGACUGCACGUGUUCCUGGGCGCAAUCGUCGGUGCUCUAUUCAAUGACAUGGGUUACGAUGCUUCUAAAACUAUAUUCAACUUCGGAUUUUGUUAUGCUUGUAUCAUAGCUAUGUUGUAUACGACGAUGAUGCCUGUGUUAUUAGCGUAUCCGACAGAAGUGCUGCUAGUCAAGCGCGAAUAUUUCAACAGAUGGUACGGCUUGAAGCCUUACUAUGCAGCCUUAGUUGUCUCUCGGACUCCUCCCACGAUUUUCUUCUCCCUCAUUUAUCUUGCCAUCGCAUAUCCUUUGACGUCACAACCGAUGGAAUUUUCUAGAGUGUUGAUAUUCGUCACUACCUGUAUUCUGGUAGCAUUAAUAUCAGAAUCGAUGGGGACGCUGAUAUCGUCAACGUUAAGCGUUGUGAACUCAAUGUUCGUGGGACCCGUAGUUGCAGUGCCCUUGAUGUUGUUGGCGGUCUACGGUAUUGGUAGUGGAGACGAAGCUCCGCCUCUCAUCUGGAGGUUGGCGCGUUACUGCUCAUUCAUGAGGUACGGCCUGGAGGGCCUCAUCAUGGCUGUGUAUGGACCACCGAGGGAUGAUCUUAUUUGUCCUGUUGAUGAGGACUACUGCGAGUAUAAGAAUGUGAAAUAUUUCGUGAAACUAAUGGGCAUGUCCGACGUUUCAAUUACAGUCGUAUUUAUAAUGCUAUUCGUUUCGUUGCUGGUGAUGAAUCUUGGAGCUUACUACCUUCUAAGACAGAGACUGUCACCGAACUAUGCCUUCCGAGCCAUCAAGGUUAUUGGAAGGUUCAUUAAAACUAAAAUGAGCCUUACGCUGUAGCCGUAAGUUAGAUUUAGCUAAUGUAGUUAUUAGAAAUAGCGAUAUCCACUCUAUUGAAAGCGACAGAGUAACAUUUUCACGAAGACAAAUGUACCGAUCACUAUCUCACGAGAUAAAUAACAUAUUUUAUUAUAAUAAUUUCUUAAAUUAAGUUAAUGAUGGUUAGUAUUGAUUAAGUUGGUGAAGCAAAUAAUACCAGUAACAAGUACUCUUGA